AUGCUUCCCAGUAAACCCCCACUAGAUUUAUCUGUGAGUCACACGACUGCACACGACGCCAUCACACUUCAAACUGACAAAUCCGACGGCAUUGGCAUGAGACUUUCUCUCCUUUUGACGUGUCUGAAAAAGUCUAGCACACAGGAAUCACUCGUGCAAGUUAUCCCCUCCGCCGAUACCACCGAGUCCCCGCUACCGAUUAGAGAGCCACUUCCCGGAACGUCGACAACUUCCUUACCUCCCGCUGUGGACAUGCCUUCACCUGUAAUCAAGGUACCGCCUCCAGUCAGCACGUCAAGGCCUGUGACGCUCGAAGAAUGCAAGUCCGGCAUAACCGAGAGACAAGAGAAUGGCUUCCUUCGAAGGUGGCAGCAAUGGAACUACCUUCAUGAUUGCUGGAAACCCUACGAAUACAUCGAACAGACUCCCCGUGUAGCCACCCAGGAGCCUACUCAUUUCUACUUAAACGUUCGACGGAAGACAGAUGAAGAGAAACCAAAACUGGUUUUCAGUGAUUUUAGUCCCAUUUUACUCGCCUGCUUACGCUCCAUCGUGGGGGGUGAAUGCUUGAGCCAAGAUCCACAAGUUCAUAUCGACGAGCUGCUUGUGGAGCUAGAUUCGUUGGACAGUCGCACCGGUGGCGCACGUAAGGCUUUGGAAGAUAACGAAGAUGAUGGCAUCGUACAAAGUGCGAAAGCGCUCGGGCAUGCGCAUGAGGGUCUACAUGACGGCGACGUGCGCACGUACCUUACGGCCGCAGUCCAGCAGCUUGACAUUCUCUUACUCCUGCUUAAAGAAGAAUUCAAAUCAAUAGCUGAACGAUUGAAACAUGCAGUAGUACACGGUCGCAUACCGCUCGAUCUGCUGGAGUUCUACUUCCGGAAGAAUCAGCAGUACUACUACCUCGACGAUAAUGAUGAUUUUGAUGCAUUCCGCUUGAUCUCAACUUUUUACGAUGACUUUGACCAAACAUUCACCCUCAACGGCGAGGGUGCAUUCUGGAACGGAACCAAGUGGGUUACGGUCGAGCGAGGUCGGAUGGUUAAACUAAUUGAGGGGUCGUUGAUCUUGGCUGAUUUUCAAACCUUCGAGAUGACGCCUGAGAUAUGUAAACGACUUACAGAGCGCGGCAGGAAGUACGCCUCACUAGCGGGGUUCCAUUACAAACUUCACAGAGGACGACGGAUCAUAGUUGAUCGCUUAGCCUGGAAUACAUUCGGCUACAACCACACAGAUGAAACUUCGUUCCCAUACCCCCUUCUUCAAGACAGAAGCAAGGCCCGAGACAACGAUAACAUCCCGCCUGUGCCCGAAGAUAAUAUCGCUCUUCUCCCGCGAUUCAUGCCAGGUUUUGAUCUGGAACGCAAGUCGUGGGGCUUCUUUGACGUUGAUGAAGUCGAGCCAAUAAGAUUCAAUGAAAAUGCCUGGAAGCACAUUGUGCUUGACGAAGACUCAAAGGAUGUCAUCGAAGGAGUUGUGGGUGCAUUCGACUUCAGCAAGGAGGCCAUGGCAGAUGAAGAACAAUCGGGCUUGGUUAUACUACUGCAUGGACCAUCAGGGACUGGCAAAACGGCGACCGUUGAAGCUAUAGCGGAACAUUUUAAACGGCCGUUGCACUCUCUCGCAGUAUGUUCCCUUCCGUUGGAUACGACCUCACUUGUGGACACGUUGACAUCCCGUCUGGAUAUAGCAAGGUCAUGGAAUGCCAUAAUAUUGAUUGAAGCUGGGGAUAUUCUCAUGCAGACUCAGAGGCACGAGCCAAUAAUGGAGGAACACCAUCGCAUCUCGGCGAUACUCGACUUCUUUGAGCGGCAUCGGUGCAUUGUAUUUGUUACUGCGAGAACUACAUGUACUGCUUACAUGUCGCAUUUUGCUAUCACUAUCCAGUAUCCUGAAUUAGAUGGCGAUUCCCGCCAAACUAUGUGGUCCAGUAUGCUCACAGAGGAAGCAGACAAUAUAUCUCGUCGAGACAUCGAGGAGCUGUCCAGAGUUGCAGUCAACGGUAAGUAA